ACAACACUCAGCACAGCUUUUCCAAGUGCGCACGUCUUUAGUGAUGGCGGCCAGUCAUCAUGGCCAACAAGGCGAUCUGCCAUCUGAAAUUCUUGAGCUACUUUCCAAGAACGAUCCAAUUCUGUCCUCGGAGGCCUUGCCAUUACAGAAAUCCACGGACGUCAAGGCCGCAUUAGACAGAUUAGCCUCGCGUUCUAUGAUCACAUAUGAGACGAUUGACCGAGAGGAAGCGAUGCUAGAGGAUGAGGGUGCGGAAAUCGAGGCCAAUGGCAGCCAUGAAGCACGAGUAUUUGAGGCGCUACGGAAGGCAGUUGAGGGUCUCACAGUGAAGGAAUUGGAGGCUGCCAUAGGAGACAAAAAAGCCGCCAGUCUGGGACAGGGAAAAGCUUUCAAGUCGAAAUGGAUCGCAAAAGGCAAAGAUGGUCGUCUGGUUGCAUCAACCGGAUCGAUACAAGACACAACCCGCGAGCAACUUCAGAUCAUUCAAAAGACGCGAACGCAUCCUGAUCCAAAAGUUGUCGCAGACUUAAAAAAGCGGAAACUCGUCAAGAUGCAGAAGGUUAUUAGCUUCAGGAUUCACAAGGGGCUAAAGUUCGCUCUCGAGAUGGUGAAAGAGGAGACGGAUUUGACAGUUGAUAUGUUGGCUUCUGGUGCGUGGAAGACCGCCGCUUUCAAGCCCUACAACUUCAGAUCACUCGGAACAGAUCAGAAUGCAGGUGCUCUGCAUCCCUUGAACAAAGUCCGGCAUGAAUUUCGACAAAUCUUCUUUGAGAUGGGAUUCGAGGAGAUGCCCACGAAUCGCUUCGUCGAGACCGGAUUCUGGAACUUCGACGCACUCUUCGUACCGCAACAACAUCCAGCUCGUGACCUGCAAGAUACCUUCUACAUUUCGGACCCGAAAACCGCAGACAAACCACAUGCAGAGACAAGGGCCGAUAAGGCAGACUAUGAGGCAUAUUGGAAUAAUGUAAAGGAUGUGCACCAAGAAGGAAAGUAUGGAUCUAUUGGAUAUAGGUAUCCCUGGGCUGAAGACGAGUCUCUACGACUAGUCCUCCGAACGCAUACCACCGCAAUUUCAACUGCCAUGCUACACAAACUGGCGUCUAAGAAAGGACCGGAUGGAAGACCGCCCCCGGCCCGAUACUUUUCAAUUGAUCGUGUGUUCCGUAACGAGACCGUUGAUGCAACCCAUCUUGCAGAGUUCCACCAAGUCGAGGGUGUCAUUGCUGACUACGGAUUGUCCCUGGGUGGACUUAUGGAGUUUAUGCAAAUCUUCUUCACGAAGAUGGGCAUCGAGGACCUACGCUUCAAGCCAGCUUACAACCCAUACACCGAGCCCAGUAUGGAGAUUUUCAGUUUCCACAAGGGGCUAAACAAGCUUGUGGAGAUUGGCAACAGUGGUAUGUUCAGGCCUGAGAUGUUAGAGGCAAUGGGUCUGCCAAAGGAUAUGCGUGUCUUCGGAUGGGGUUUGAGCUUGGAGCGUCCAACAAUGAUAAAAUACAAGGUGAAUAACAUUCGGGAGUUGCUGGGACACAAAGUAGAUCUGGCCUUCAUCGAGAGGAACCCUGCCGUCAGAUUAGAGAAGACUUAGACGGGUGCUGGGAGGAACAAAAAGAAAGGAUUGUAGAUCUGGCUCAAUGAUAUCCGAGUUGCUUUCCAGAUGCGCUGUAGCCACACGUGAUUAC